AGCUGGGCGCCAGGACGCCUGGGUUCUCUCCUGCUCACCCUGUGUCGUUGGUUGGCAGAGGGCCCCGGGGCGGUGGACUCGGCUCUCCGGUAUCUCGCCUCCCUCUUCCCUCGCCAGCUCUUCGAGGAUGCGCUGCCCCCUCUCGUCUUGAAGCACCAGCUCUACAGCCUGGUGAAGGACCGCACGGCCGUGGACAGGCACCUGAGCCGGCUGAAGGAUGAGGGGCUGGUCCGGCUCUUCCAGCUCGGAUUCGACACGGAGGCCUUCGGGGUGGUGUUCGCUCAGGACUACGUGGCCAAGGUGCUGCAGUCCGUGGAGGGGAAGGAGCAGGCCGGGACGGUGCGCAGGUUCCUGCAGACGGCUUUCACCUCCUGUGCCGACGUCAGCUACGAGAAGGGCCGCAUGCUGAGGGACUUCGGCUUCCAGGACCACGACAUCACGCUGCUGGUCAGCGCGGGAGUCCUGACCGUCCGGGACGCCGGCAGCUGGUGGCUUGCGGUGCCCGGAGCCGGGCGCUUCGUUAAAUGCUUCAUCAAAGGGCGCAAGGCCGUGCAGGCCAUGAUCCAGAAAGCCAAGUACAAGGAGGUUUUGCUGUCGGACCUACAGAGCCGCCGGGCUCCCCGGGCCGUGAAACUGGGGCUGCCCUAUCACAUCCACGACCUCAUCGGGGCCCAGCUGGUCGACUGCGUCCCCAGCACCUCCGGGACCCUGCUGGGGGGCUGUGCAGGCGCGCCGGGUGAGGCUGGACCUAGCUGGGCUCACGGCCUCUCUCCGUGUCCCCCAGCGUCCCCAGCACCUCCGGGACCCUGCUGGGGGGCUGUGCAGGCGCGCCGGGUGAGGCUGGACCUAGCUGGGCUCACGGCCUCUCUCCGUGUCCCCCAGCGUCCCCAGCACCUCCGGGACCCUGCUGGGGGGCUGUGCAGGCGCGCCGGGUGAGGCUGGACCUAGCUGGGCUCACGGCCUCUCUCCGUGUCCCCCAGCGUCCCCAGCACCUCCGGGACCCUGCUGGGGGGCUGUGCAGGCGCGCCGGGUGAGGCUGGACCUAGCUGGGCUCACGGCCUCUCUCCGUGUCCCCCAGCGUCCCCAGCACCUCCGGGACCCUGCUGGGGGGCUGUGCAGGCGCGCCGGGUGAGGCUGGACCUAGCUGGGCUCACGGCCUCUCUCCGUGUCCCCCAGCGUCCCCAGCACCUCCGGGACCCUGCUGGGGGGCUGUGCAGGCGCGCCGGGUGAGGCUGGACCUAGCUGGGCUCACGGCCUCUCUCCGUGUCCCCCAGCGUCCCCAGCACCUCCGGGACCCUGCUGGGGGGCUGUGCAGGCGCGCCGGGUGAGGCUGGACCUAGCUGGGCUCACGGCCUCUCUCCGUGUCCCCCAGCGUCCCCAGCACCUCCGGGACCCUGCUGGGGGGCUGUGCAGGCGCGCCGGGUGAGGCUGGACCUAGCUGGGCUCACGGCCUCUCUCCGUGUCCCCCAGCGUCCCCAGCACCUCCGGGACCCUGCUGGGGGGCUGUGCAGGCGCGCCGGGUGAGGCUGGACCUAGCUGGGCUCACGGCCUCUCUCCGUGUCCCCCAGCGUCCCCAGCACCUCCGGGACCCUGCUGGGGGGCUGUGCAGGCGCGCCGGGUGAGGCUGGACCUAGCUGGGCUCACGGCCUCUCUCCGUGUCCCCCAGCGUCCCCAGCACCUCCGGGACCCUGCUGGGGGGCUGUGCAGGCGCGCCGGGUGAGGCUGGACCUAGCUGGGCUCACGGCCUCUCUCCGUGUCCCCCAGCGUCCCCAGCACCUCCGGGACCCUGCUGGGGGGCUGUGCAGGCGCGCCGGGUGAGGCUGGACCUAGCUGGGCUCACGGCCUCUCUCCGUGUCCCCCAGCGUCCCCAGCACCUCCGGGACCCUGCUGGGGGGCUGUGCAGGCGCGCCGGGUGAGGCUGGACCUAGCUGGGCUCACGGCCUCUCUCCGUGUCCCCCAGCGUCCCCAGCACCUCCGGGACCCUGCUGGGGGGCUGUGCAGGCGCGCCGGGUGAGGCUGGACCUAGCUGGGCUCACGGCCUCUCUCCGUGUCCCCCAGCGUCCCCAGCACCUCCGGGACCCUGCUGGGGGGCUGUGCAGGCGCGCCGGGUGAGGCUGGACCUAGCUGGGCUCACGGCCUCUCUCCGUGUCCCCCAGCGUCCCCAGCACCUCCGGGACCCUGCUGGGGGGCUGUGCAGGCGCGCCGGGUGAGGCUGGACCUAGCUGGGCUCACGGCCUCUCUCCGUGUCCCCCAGCGUCCCCAGCACCUCCGGGACCCUGCUGGGGGGCUGUGCAGGCGCGCCGGGUGAGGCUGGACCUAGCUGGGCUCACGGCCUCUCUCCGUGUCCCCCAGCGUCCCCAGCACCUCCGGGACCCUGCUGGGGGGCUGUGCAGGCGCGCCGGGUGAGGCUGGACCUAGCUGGGCUCACGGCCUCUCUCCGUGUCCCCCAGCGUCCCCAGCACCUCCGGGACCCUGCUGGGGGGCUGUGCAGGCGCGCCGGGUGAGGCUGGACCUAGCUGGGCUCACGGCCUCUCUCCGUGUCCCCCAGCGUCCCCAGCACCUCCGGGACCCUGCUGGGGGGCUGUGCAGGCGCGCCGGGUGAGGCUGGACCUAGCUGGGCUCACGGCCUCUCUCCGUGUCCCCCAGCGUCCCCAGCACCUCCGGGACCCUGCUGGGGGGCUGUGCAGGCGCGCCGGGUGAGGCUGGACCUAGCUGGGCUCACGGCCUCUCUCCGUGUCCCCCAGCGUCCCCAGCACCUCCGGGACCCUGCUGGGGGGCUGUGCAGGCGCGCCGGGUGAGGCUGGACCUAGCUGGGCUCACGGCCUCUCUCCGUGUCCCCCAGCGUCCCCAGCACCUCCGGGACCCUGCUGGGGGGCUGUGCAGGCGCGCCGGGUGAGGCUGGACCUAGCUGGGCUCACGGCCUCUCUCCGUGUCCCCCAGCGUCCCCAGCACCUCCGGGACCCUGCUGGGGGGCUGUGCAGGCGCGCCGGGUGAGGCUGGACCUAGCUGGGCUCACGGCCUCUCUCCGUGUCCCCCAGCGUCCCCAGCACCUCCGGGACCCUGCUGGGGGGCUGUGCAGGCGCGCCGGGUGAGGCUGGACCUAGCUGGGCUCACGGCCUCUCUCCGUGUCCCCCAGCGUCCCCAGCACCUCCGGGACCCUGCUGGGGGGCUGUG